CGGCUUCCGCCUGGGGGAGCGGCUGGAGGGUCGCCGCGCGGUCUGGCCGGGCCGGAGCAGCCGCCGCAGCUGCGGGAGGCAAAAAGGAUGCCAAAAAGAGCCUGCUGGACAACCGAGAAUCACAAGCAGCUUUAAAAAGGAAAGCAAAUCAAGCCAGCAACCAAAUCACCACUUUCUCCAGAGAACCCCAAAACUCUUCCCCAGCAGGGGACAGUAGAGGGAGAGAAAAAGAGGAGAGGGUUUUUUAGCUGGAAAAAAUGGAAUAUGCGGAACUCAGAUAUUACAUGAAAGAUCAAGGGGGAUAAUUUCCAAAUUGACAAAAAGAAGGAACUAUCUGGAAGUCAGUGGGGAGGAAGAGGAGACUUGGAUGGCCAUGUAGGGCAGAGAGUAACGCAAGCCUCACCCUGUGACAAAGGAAACAGUUGCUUGAAUCGAAGGACCACCACACAAUGGAUCAGAAAUUGUCUUGAUCUCCUUGAAAAUCCAAGAAUAUCAGAGGUGGAAAAGCCCCACAGAGGUGUAUUUUGUGGGAAAAGCACAGAUUACAGAUCACAGCUGAUCAUGCACAAGAGGACCCACACCAGCGAGAAGCCCUACCAGUGUUCUCGAUGCGGCAAAAGCUUUAGCAAGCACGCCACCCUGGUGAAUCACAAGAGGACUCACACCGGGGAGAAACUGUAUGAGUGUCCAGAUUGUGGGAAAAGAUUCAGUCAGAAUUCCGACCUGGUGAUACACCAGAGGAUUCACACAGGAGAGAAACCAUAUCAGUGUCUGGAUUGUGGGAAAAGUUUCAUUCGAAAUUCCGAUUUGGUGAUACACCAGAGGACUCACACAGGAGUGAAACCAUAUGAGUGUCCAGAUUGUGGGAAAAGAUUCAGUCAGAAUUCCCACCUGGUGAUACACCAGAGGACUCACACAGGAGAGAAACCGUAUGAGUGUCCAGAUUGUGGGAAAAGUUUCAGUCAGAAUUGCAGCCUGGUGAUACACCAGAGGACUCACACAGGAGAGAAACCAUAUGAGUGUCCAGAUUGUGGGAAAAGUUUUAGUCGGAAGUCCAACCUGGUGCAACACCAGAGAACUCACACAGGAGAGAAACGGUAUGAGUGUCCAGAUUGUGGGAAAAGUUUCAGUCAGAAUUCCCACCUGGUGAUACACCAGAGGACUCACAGGGGAGAGAAACCAUAUGAGUGUCUGGAUUGUGGGAAAAGUUUCAGUCAGAAUUGCAGCCUGGUGAUACACCAGAGGACUCACACAGGAGAGAAACCUUAUGGGUGUCUGGAUUGUGGGAAAAGUUUUAGUCGGAAUUUCAACCUGGUGAUACACCAGAGGACUCACACAGGAGAGAAACGGUAUGAGUGUCCAGAUUGUGGGAAAAGUUUCAGUCAGAAAUCCAGACUGGUGAUACACCAGAGGACUCACACAGGAGAGAAACCAUAUGAGUGUCCGGAUUGUGGGAAAAGUUUCAGUCAGAAUUCCCACCUGGUGAUACACCAGGGGACUCACACAGGAGAGAAACCGUACGAGUGUCCGGAUUGUGGGAAAAGUUUCAUUCGGAAUUCUGACCUGGUGAUGCACCAGAGGACUCACACAGGAGAGAAACCGUACGAGUGUCCAGAUUGUGGGAAAUGUUUCAGUCAGAAAUCCAGAUUGGUGAUACACCAGAGGACUCACACAGGAGAGAAACCAUAUGAGUGUCCAGAUUGUGGGAAAUGUUUCAGUCGGAAUUCCGACCUGGUGAUACACCAGAGGACUCAUACAGGAGAGAAACCGUAUGAGUGUCCGGAUUGCGGGAAGAGUUUCAGUCACAAUUCCAGCCUGGUGAUACACCAGAGGACUCACACAGGGGAGAAACCAUAUGAGUGUCCGGAUUGCGGGAAAAGUUUCAGUCUGAAUUCCCAGCUUGUGAGACAUCAGAGGACUCACACAGGAGAGAAUCCAUAUGAGUGUCCGGAUUGUGGGAAAAGUUUCAUUCUAAAUUUCCACCUGGUGAUACACCAGAGGACUCACACAGGAGAGAAACUGUAUGAGUGUCGGGAUUGUGGGAAAAGUUUCUGUUUCAAGUCCAGCCUGGUGAUACACCAGAGGACUCACACAGGAGAGAAACCAUAUGAGUGUCCAGACUGUGGGAAAAGUUUCAUUUGGAAUUCCGAGCUGGUGAUACACCAGAGGAUUCACACUGGGGAGAAACCGUAUGAGUGUCCGGAUUGUGGGAAAAGUUUCGGUUUCAAGUCCAGCCUGGUGAUACACCAGAGGAUUCACACAGGAGAGAAACCGUAUGAGUGUCUGGAUUGUGGGAAAAGUUUCAUUCGGAAUUCCUCCCUGAUGCAACACCAGAGGACUCACACAGGAGAGAAACCGUAUGAGUGUCCGGAUUGUGGGAAAAAUUUCAGUCAGAGUUCACACCUGGUGAUACACCAGAGGACUCACACAGGAGAGAAACCGUACGAGUGUCCGGAUUGUGGGAAAAGUUACAUUCGGAAUUCCGAUCUGGUGAUACACCAGAGGACUCACACAGGAGAGAAACCAUACGAGUGUCCGGAUUGUGGGAAAAGUUUUAGUCGGAAUUCCAGCCUGGUGAUACACCAGAGGACUCACACAGGGGAGAAACCGUACGUAUGUCCAGAUUGUGAGAAAAGUUUCAUUCAGAAUUCCUCCCUGGUUAAACACCAGAGGAUUCACCAUAGGACUCACACAGGAGAGAAACCAUAUGAGUGUCUGGAUUGUGGGAAAAGUUUCAGUUUGAAGUCCAACCUGGUGAUACACCAGAGGACUCACAUAGGAAAGAAACCGUAUGAGUGUCCGGAUUGUGGGAAAAGUUUUAGUUUCAAGUCCAGCCUGCUGAGACACCAGAGGAGUCACACAGGAGAGGAACUGUCUGAAUGUCCAGAUUGUGGGAAAAGUUUCAGUCAGAAUUCCAACCUGGUGAUACACCAGAGGACUCACACAGGAGAGAAACCAUAUGAGUGUCCAGAUUGUGGGAAAAGUUUCAGUACUAGGUCUAUCCUGAUAAAUCAUGUAGCUUUACACAUUGGAGAGAAACCAUUCAAAUGCCCAGACUGUGGACAGUGCUUCACAACAAGUUCGUCCCUUAGCAGACACAAGAAAACACACAUGAGGCAGAAGGUGAUGAGUGUAGAGGAGGCUUGAAUUUCACUUCCCAUUUCCCAUUGGACAUCCAGCUGAAAAGUUUCAUAUUUCAUUUCUGAGCUGAUUCUUUUUAGUCAAACAUGUCUCAGUAUUAGAGAUGAGGGAGGAGAGAAAAAUAAUGGAAAAUGUUAGUUUGGGAAAGGCUAACUACACCUUUCUGGCCACCAGCAGAACUUCCCAGUAAGCUGCUGCAGGCCCUAAAAGAUACAUGAAAAAAAGAUCAGAGCACUCAGAUUUUAUGAGAGAAGAUAUUAGGCACAUUUGUGGUAGUGACACAAGCUGUGUAAAAUUUCAGAUAGAAAGGCUGUUCUGCCUUGCAGUUGAUGGAUAAGAGCUGUAGGAAUAUGGAGUUGAGGAGAAAAGGCAUUGUGGUUCUGAGCGCAGGAUCUUCAGGUUUAGGAACAGCUCCUGCUGUGAUCGUGUUUGCCUGGCGGUGCCUUGGGCCAGCCCCUCUCCCUCAGCCAAACCCACCUGACGGUGGUGGUUGUGGGGAAAAGAGGAGAAGGAAGGAGUAUUAGGCAUGUUCACCGCCGUGAGUUAUUUAUAAAAGUAAUAAAGGUGAGGUGGCAAAAUUCAACCACAGACAACAUAAGAGCCGCAGGAGCUGCUGCCCAGGGCCAGGCCAAAGUCCCUCCUGGGGGACCCAGCCCCAUUCCUCCCCCUCCCCCCAGCAUCAGGGUGUCCUUCCCAGCCCCCCUCCUUCCUUACUGGGGGGCUCCUUCCCCCCAUCGCUUCUGGGGACGCGGGACAGCGCCAGCAGCAGCAGCAGGGGGGGCCAGGAAGCGCCCCCCAAGACAGCAGAGAAAGACGCCGAUGCUCCCAGCCCCAGAGGCGGAAUGGGAGGGUCU